AUGGACAAAGCUACACUCGAGCCAGCGAUGGAGACCGGCCCGGAAAAGGCCAAAGCAUCCUGGCAGGAAUACGCCUAUGUCAAAGACUUGCCAGACGACAUUGCGCCAUUCAAAGAACUACUCCAGCAGUACAGCAAAGUCCCUCCAGACAAGGUUGACGAAUUACUUCUCCGCACCCGAGACCAGCUCUGGGACGUGUUCAACUAUCCCUGCAUUGGCCUCUGGACCUUCACCAAGCUGCACAGCACCACAGACUCGCGCUUCGAAGCCGCCACGCAGCGACUGCUCGCCAAUCCCGACAAGCCCGGCGGCACAAGCGCCGCCAUCCUCGACAUCGGCUGCUGCAUCGGCCAGGCCCUCCGCCACCUCGCCCACAAGGGCGUGCAUCCCUCGCGCCUGUACGGGACAGACCUGCGCCCCGAGUUUAUACGCAUCGGAAACGAGCUGUUUGGGGACGAGCAGCGAGGGCCUACCUUUGUAGCGGGGGACGUGUUGAAUGCCGACGACAGCAGCCUGAAGGAACUAGAUGGCAAGGUGACGCUGAUUCACGCCGCGUACUUUUUUCAUCUUUUCACGUGGGACGACCAAGUCAGGAUUGGCGAGCGCAUGGUGCGCUUCCUGCAGCCGGGGACGGGCGACGCCGUCGUUUUCGGGAGGCACAUUGGCACGCUGAGGCCCAGGGAGUUGGAGGUCCCGACCACACGUGCGUCCAGGUGCUAUCUCCAUGACGGGGAGAGUUUCCAGAGACUGUGGGAUGAGGUGGGAAGCAGGACGGGCACCAGGUGGCGCGUGGAGGCGGAGAUGACGGACCGGCUGCAUGUGCGGUUUCCGUUUUUUGGCGACGACGAGAAGUACAUGUCCUUUGGGGUUUACCAGAUAUAA